UCAGAAUAUCGGAUCGAGCAGAGAGGUGCCCCAGGUGCUAGCGCGGGUGGUGAGAUUGUAGUUGUACAGCUGGUUGAAGUGAUCAAGAAACCCGGUCAAAGUCUUGGUCUUUAUCUCAGGGAAGGGAAUGGUGCGGACAGGCCAACGGGUGUGUUUGCAUCUCGUUAUGGUGAGAAUUCCGAACUGGAAAGGUAUGGGGAUAUAAUUCGACCUGGAGAUGAGAUAUUGUCGGUGAAUAACGUUGAUGUGUCAACGAUGAGCAUCGACGAUGUUGUUUUAGUGCUUUCAAUACCGCGACGCCUUUUGCUGAGGAUACGAUACGUCAAAAACCGACGGUAA